UUGCAAGAAGCCAAAGCAUCUCGAGAGGCCUCUUCCUCGUCCAACAGGAUUGGCAUUGCCGGCCUCUUUUCCGGCGAUGCUUCUAACGGUACUUCCAAGCUCACAAACGACACUGUAGAAGAGCUCAACUCAGAGAUUCUUCAACUUCGAGCCAAGUUAACCGUGAAACGUGAGCAAAUUACAUCUUUACGUUCUGUCCUCAAAAAGAAUAAGUCAGUAGCUGAGACAGCACUGGCCAAUCUCAAACAGAAAUACGAGAAUGAGAAGGCUAUCGUCACGGAUACCUUGCGUAAUUUGCGCGCAGAGUUGAAAAUGUUGAAAGAGGACGCAUCUACAUACACGUCUGUUCGAGCAAUGUUCACGGAGAAACACGAAGAAUUUGUUCAGCAAAUGGAUCAACUACAACAGAAGUUGAAUCAAGCAGAAGAAGAGAAACGGACUCUGAAUUCCAUUCUUCGAAUAGCCAUUCGUCAGAAACUUGCUCUAACUCAACGCAUAGAGGCCAUGGAAAUGGAGCUAUUCGCCGCAAAUCCUGGAUCUGUUCGAUUGCCAACCGACACGGCUCCUGUAAGCUUUCAUUGCUCACUUCCAAAUUGA